CGAAUGGAAUUGAAAAUGCAUUAAGUUUUACCGUGUUCUGCUCUUCGAUUGUUUAUUGUUUACAACUAUUCCUCUGCAGUUUCAUAACUUGUAAUUUGACAAAGUCGUGCAAAAACAGCUUGAUGAAUAUUUGUAGCAGUUUUACAUUAUUAAAAGUGCUGUUAAUCACAGUAGCGAUUUACAAGUUGGCAACAAUACGUUGGCUAAGGUUAAUACACUACGUUGGAUUUUAGCUAAAUGCUAGCUCGCUGCUCCAGAACGACGACCAGGCCGAAACGCAACCAUUUAUUUCGACAUCAAAGUAAUUUUAGUUAGUUUCAUUUGCCGAGGCGAAUGUACGACGUUUAAUUUGGACGGGCAAACGGAACGGCAUGAAUUUCUAAAGAAUUCAAAGCGGAAGAAGGAAAAUGUCUCAUGGCAUUACAAUUAAAGCAAUCAUACACAGAGAGAGAGUUAAGGAGAGCGCGAGCGCUCAAACGCCUAAAAGAGAGUUAAUGAGUGCGGUGUUUAUUUAAUAAUAAUAAAGACUACCUCUUCAUGUGCUGGCAUGUAGAGUCAACAUAUAUGGAGCACUGCUGCGCUCAGCGUUACAAGCACACAUACAUAAAUACAACGUGGUACAUUCGGUGAGACCGGCAGUUUUAGAGUCAGAGUCAGAGUCGGCCGGUACGUUGAUUGGUUUGGUUCGUUGCGUUUUCGGAAUGGUUUGAUUAUUGGAUUGAAUUGACUUGGAUGGGAUUGACUUCAAUCGAAUUGGCAGUUGAUCAAAUCGGAUCUGAUCGCAGUGGAUUGCACAUUCUAAAAUAUACCAACAUACUUACAUAUUUACAUAUAAACGUAUUUAGAUACCAAAAAAACAUACAAACAUACAGUUAAAAAGUGCGUGAGCCAUCGCUUGUUGGCGAAGUGUUUGCAGCCGAAAAGAUAUUGCCAAUUUGUGUUUGUGGGAAAGUGUAAAGUGUAUAAAUAACGUGAAAAACGACAAAAGAACAUUUGUGUGUGUGUCAGCAUGCAAAUAUGUAUAUUUGGUGUAAAUCACCUGAAGUGUAAUUGAACAUUUUCGACGGCUUAUCAAACGCACAGCGCACAUACACACAUACGCAAACAUAUUUACGCAACCGACACGCAUACACACAAACACACAAACGGAUAGAGGUGGAGGCACACACGCGCCCAUCCACCCACCAGCCAGUUUGAUAAACGAAGAUUUGUGACGUCGUCGGCUGCGCUGUCGUGAUUCGUGAAUGUGCCACUGCGGAUAGCGCUCGCACACAAGCGCACACACACACUCAGGCGCGCUCACGCAAGCAGCUCACACGCACACACUCAUGCAAAAGUGCUAAUGCUCACUGAAAUACCUUGGCAUUUCGGUGAGAGCAAACUUAGUCGCGCGUACAUUUGUAUUUUGCGAAUUCUCCCAGCCUCUUUGAGUCAGUCAGCGAGUGAGUCGUCGACUCUUUGCAAUUAGAAGAAGCGUCAAGUAGACACGAAGAAGUGUGGCCGCAAGCAGCAGCCACAAGCGAGCUUCGUUCGUACCUUGCCCACUCAUAGUAGUGUGGGUAUAGAUUUGCAACAGGGCAAACGAGCAACCGAGCAACAGUGCAACAGUUUUGGCGAAGUUGCGUCUCCAGUUGCAGCUGCCAUCGUCGGUCGUUCGUUCUCCGCGUUCUCGUUGUGUUGCUGUGACUUUGCGACACUUUGUUUGUGCGUGUGUUUUGUUGUUUGUUGUCAUCUCCGUACGCCGUACGUAGCCGGCGGGGCGCAACGUGUAAACUGGCGCAAAUGCCGCUGCGGUCGUCGCCGCUGCCUGCUGCAAAAUGGAAACGAACAAUGUGCAACUUUGCCGCAUCUGCAUCUCAACGAAUGUGGGCUGCACGCAAAUGAUUUCGAUAUUUGGCGAAGAUUCGCUGUGGCAGAAAAUCACCACAUUGGCCGAUGUUAAGAUCGAAAAAGGCGACACCCUACCGCAACAGGUGUGUGUGACAUGUGCCAAAAAUGCAAUAUCCGCAUGUCUCUUCAAGAAGAAGUGCGAAGAUGCUGACAAUUUCUUUCGCCAGCAAUUGCUCAUACAAAAGUUCGAGAAUCGCACGUCGACUGGCAGCAAUGCGGCGUCCGCGCAACCGGAAGUCGACUCCACCGAUCAAGUGCCCGAAGUGGCCGCUAUGGAGAGCUAUGGCGGCAGCGACGGCGAGGGACCACACGAUCAAACGCAUAUCAGCGCCAGCGCACACUCGAAUGGCUUAAUGAUCGAAGAGGACGAUGGCGAAAUAAAGUUUCCGUACGCCAAACAACCGUUCGACUUUCAUUCCAUACGAUUAAUGCACGAGUACAUGCAACAGCAGUUGAGUAAGAUUAACGGUUCACAUAAGAGCGCCGGAGCUGACAAUAGCGGCGCGAAUUCGGAUGCCGCUGCUGAUGACGAUGAAGAGGAUCCACUACCGCUAAUGCCCGAAGUGCAGCUACUAACACCAAACGAUGAAGUGGCGGUUGUCGGUGGCGCUAAUAACAACAACAUACCUGCUUAUGGUGGUGUCGAACAGCCGGCGCUGCGCGGCUACCAGUGUCCGGACUGUUUCCAGAUAUUUGAAAUGAAGCAAAUACUCAAGGCGCACAUGCAGAGCGUACACGGCACACAGGGUCCCGUUUAUGAGUGCACGAAUUGCAAGAAGACAUAUUUCUACAAGCGAUUCCUGGAGAAGCAUGUGCGGCGCGGACGUUGCGUCAAGAAGCGACGCAAUCAAACGCGGCCGAUGCAGUGCUCCGAUUGUCAUGUGCUAUUCCCCACUGGACACCAUUUGGGCUGGCAUAAACGUACAGGUUGUCCGUCGCGGGCCGCAAAAAUGCCAUUACAACAGCUGCUGAAACAGAACAUCGUCGAGUACAACAACUUUCCGAAACGUGUUGGCAUACGUAAGCCCGAGAAUGCGCUCUAUCUGCAUAAUAGGAAACUUCACAUUGCCAAUAAUAAACGCAAAGGACGCACUCGCAUCAAAUUGGAUUCGAAGAAAAUUGCACUGGCAAAGCAGCUUAUACUGCGAGAAGCCACCACUACCGUUAUAGCCAACGAGUUGAAUAUUUCGCGCACCUUUGCUUGGCGUCUUCGCAAAAGUCUCGUGAACGGAGUCAGCCUGCAUGAGCGUGUCAUCGACAACAAUGGCGAGGAGUGCGACGAAACGGCAGCUCAACCGAUGGUAGCCGACAGCACUGAGGAGCUACCACGGUUAUAUCCCUUAGCACAACCGUUAGAUCAGUUCGCGCAAAUGCAACGCAUGGUGAAGCAGGAGAAGUCCGAGAGCGACGAUGAGUCCGAGGAAGGCGAAAGCGGAAAGGUAGAUUCUAGGCGUGAAAACGAAGCUACUGAAGCCGAGCAGCAAGAAAAUAACGAAGCACAUGCUCGAACGUUGGAGGUUCCGCGCGACCAGUUGCAACACGAACAAUAUGCAGCAGCAGCGGAGAAGCAACAGUUGCAGGCUGAAGAGUCAGCGUUGACUGCUAAGCUCAUGGAACAACAGUUAUUACAAUUACAACAACAACAGCAGCAACAGCAAAGUCUUAACAAUGCGAAUAAUGCGGAGGGCGAUGACGAUAAUGAUGACGAUUCUGACAGUGACUCCGAUGAUUCGGAUGACGAUGACGACGACGAUGAUGACGAUGAUGAUGACGACGAAGAAGAUGAAGAUAACAAAAAUGGCGACGACGGCGAAGAGACUGAUAAUUCUGUAGAAAAAAGCGAUGAUGCUAAGAAGACGGAACAAGAUCAAGCACAAAAGUUACAACUACAACAACGUGAAAUAGAACAAAACUAUCAGCUUCAGCAGCAUAUUCAACACCCACAAAGUGUAAUACAAACAAAUGCAUCACUUCCACAAUCACUAAUGGAGGGUGCCGUGGCACCGGGGCUAAUAACACCGAAGGACUUGAAUGGACUGCGUCAACAGUUGUCGAAUCACAAUAAGGAGUGUGUAGCUCAGUCAGUGAUCACUCAAUUUCCGUCCGCAGCCGCCACCGCCGUUCACCAACUCCCAGUGAAUCUAUCAAUUCGAACCCCGCAAGGCGCACAAAACAACGAAUCGCCAAACAAGGAGACUCCAACGCCUGCCACCACAGGUCAGACAAAGAAACCGCGUAAACCGAACGUUUUCAUUGACGACGAGAAAUAUGCAAUGGCUAAGACGCUGGUCGCGCAGAAUGCAUCCACCAUGGAAAUAGCACGCGCACUGAAUGUCUCACAAAUGACCGCUUGGAAGGUACGCGAUGCCAUUGUCAAAGGAUUGCCGUUGUCAUAUCGCAACAAGAGAGAUGGUCGCAGUGCUUCAAACGGGUCGAGUGUUUGUGGCGACGCGGCUGGCGGGGCUGUUACGGAAACUAUUGAGUCACAGAUGGCACAUCAAUUGCUCUUGCAACAGCAGCUGCAACAAGAGCAGUACCGACAAGAACAGCUACAGAUACAACAACAACACCAGCAACAGCAGCAACAAAAACGUUUACAGCAACAGCAGCAAGAGCGGUUGCGUUUACUGCAACGCCAACAGCAACAACUAAAAGCACAACAACAUUUACAAAAGCAACAACUACAGCAGCAGCAACAGCAGCUACAAGAACAACAACAACUUGCGCAACAACAAUUACUUGACGGACAACAUUACGCCACAUCACAACCAUCCGCCUCGCCGCCACAAUACGAGCAACCAGCCACCAGCACCACCACCACCACCACAGCGCCCGGGCCGGUGAAAUUCGUACAUCCGCGACGUCGUUUAAAGGCAGCCGAGCGCGAGCAACGCGACAAGGAGAUAACACGUGAGAUACUCGAACUCAUACGCGAAGACAGCAACAUACAGUAUUGGAAGGUGUCGGCACGCCUCGCCGAGAAAGGCUUCCCCAUUUCACCAUCUUCGGUCUGUCAGAAGCUCAAAUCGAUGGGCAUACAUCGGCGUUGGAAGCCCGGCGACAAGCCACCCAUGAUGGUGGACAUGGAUCAGUUGAAGGCGGCAAGUGCCAUAGCCGGUAAUUUGGUGCCGCCACCAAAUGCGGCCGAAGAGGGUUACGAACAGCAGUUCGAUAUGGGUGGCGCACACUUUCUUAGUGCCUUUACGCGAUGAACAAAGCAGCGCAGUGUGAAAAAGUGUAGUGUGAACAAGUGGAGACUUACUGCGUCUGGAGAGCGUGAGCUCACACAUUUAUUAAAACAAUAUUAAACCAAGAUCAAAGUUAAGAACAAGGAAUGCGUAUUAUAUAAUAUAUACUGUGGCAUGUAUACAUAUAUAUAUACACAUAUAUGUAUAUAGGAACAGUAUCUUUCGUGGUAAUCACAUAUAAUAAGACAGUAGUUAUAAUCUAGAGAUAGAAAAACUACAUAAAACAGUCGCAUGCAGGCAAAAAGUAUUCAAGUUCUAAUUAGUGUUAUGCAAAGUGACACAUUUUAGUUAAUAACAAAAGUAUUUAAGCAUAAAGUUUUAAGCAGAAAAGUGUAAAAUGUCUAACAAUGUCCAAGCAGAAGUAAAGUUACAGUAUUUGCAGGGAAGUUAGUUAAAAUUUCAAAACUAAAUAUUAUUGAGUAAGCAGAGCCCUGCUGAUUUAUGAAAAAAACUGCUGUUGGACGAAUCAUUCCAGUUUACCUUUUGCUUUAAAAUUUAGCAUACAUACAUAUCCACAUUUAAUUAAUUACUGAACAAGUAUUAAACUUGAAAAAAUUUGAGAAAAAAGUCAUUAAAUGGCGAAAAAAGACAGCUUCCAUUUUUAUAUACACUCACAUAAAUAAUUUUUAGUACGCACAAAAUGAUUUCUGUCUCGCACAUAAGCAGCUAUAUACAUUUGUAUUUAUUUUAUGUUUAAAACACUCUACUAUACGUUAAUAUAUUUUGAAGUUGUAAGGAGGCAUAUAUGAAAGACUAGCUUGAACAAAAUAUUAGAAGACUCUAGCACGUAAUAGCUAUUUAUAGACACACAAAUACAUCUAAUAUGCUACUUGCAUAAGUUCGAAAGGAAAUGGUAUCGAAGUCCAUUUAUUUUUUAGUUUAAGUUCAACGCUUUUGUUUGCAGAAUUUGGAACUACGCGUUUCGAAAACUGUUUAAAGAAUUGUUUAGCCUUUUAAUAAGCGAAAAAUCAGAGCCAUUAGUUUGCUGAGAUACUAAAAUAGAAUUCAUUUUACUUGAACUUGCAGCAAUUACAACAAAUAAAUGACUUUUUUGAAACAAUAAAACUUUUAGUUAGUUGAUGGCAUAUAAAAUUGUAUGAGACUACAAUAACUACAAAUACGUAUAUAGCAUAAUUAUAUAAGUGCACAACUGGAUUUUAAAUUUCAUUUUUUUUUUUUCAAUUAUAAAUUUUUACAACUUUUAAGCGCUUUUUUAAAUUUCUAACAUGCAAAUCAUAGUUUUUCAUACAUCCAGUAUUUUUUUGUACCAACGCAUAUGUUUGUGGCAACGCACUGAAAUAUUCCAAAUGAGUUCCUUUGUAUUUUUAUUUUCCUGCACUGUGUAUUGCAUAUGUGCAGGCAUCCGUCCGAGUUUUUGUUUGACACUUAAAUGCUGCUGCGCAUGCGUGGCAUUCCGUUAGGCAACCAAAAAGACAAACAAAUUGUUAUUAUUACAAAGAAAUUAAAUAUUUUACGCAAAUUUAUUGUGUGUUUUAGAAAAAUAAAUCAUAAAAUGUUAUGCGAGAUAAUUGCUCCACAUACGAGGCUACCAAGAAAGCAUAAUGCAACCUAUUUGCGGUUAUAGACCAAACAAAAGGCCUACGGUAUUACAUAUGUACAUACAUAUGUAUGUACAUAUAUGUAUGUAUUAUAUUUUAAUGUACUAAUUUAGUUGAACUCAUAUUGGCUCAUUAAUAGCAGUAAAUUGUUAAUAAAAACAAAAUAUCAAAAACGUAUGUUACAAUAUACUUACAUACAUACAUAUGUAUAUAUAGUAGCAACAAUAGUUAUGCAAUGUUAAUCAGUGAGAAAUAAGCCUUAAAGUGCAAUUAAUGGAAAACACAAACACACACACACACACUUGAGAUCAUGCAUGUUUUUUGUAAAUAAAUUACGCAUACAUGCGUCUGUCCAACUUGUUGAGUCAAACAAAUCAAAUCGUUGAGAAAUAAUAUCGUAAAACUGCAGCUCAGUUGUAACCAAGCUUAGAAGCACCUACAAACACACACAUAUAUAAAGUAAUAAAUAAUUGUGUUGAAAAACAAAAGUUUUAGCGAAAGUAUUAGUUAUAAACAUACACAUAAUAUGUAUUAAACAGAACAAGAGUAUAAAGGCUUAUAUAUAGUGUUAAGCAUUAAUUGUUAAAUAUAUAUAUUGAAAUGCAUACACAAUAAUACAUACAUACGUGCUGAGAAAUAUGCAACUUACAUACAGUGCGUCAUGAAUUUGAGAUGCGGAAUGCUAACUUGUAUGAAAUUAUUUAUUAAUGUAAAGCAAAAUACCUACAUAUAUAUGUACAUGCAACUGUAUGCAAAAGUAGAUAAACUUAUUAAUUGCAAAAACGGCAGCCAUUUACUAAGAACAACGCACGUUUGCCUCAAACAGCCUUAGCUUUAUUUUUUCUUUUUUUAUUAAAAAAUUCACUGAAUUUUAAUGUUUGUUUACUUCAAUCACACAGUAGUUAAUGAUAAAAAUUAUUUUUUUUUACCAUGAUCCGAUUAUAUAAGCUGGUGUCGAACGCGCAAAAACAGCAUUUUGUCAAAAGUCAGCCGUUUUUUUAGUUUUUAUGUUUCAAAAAUAAGUUUUUCGAAAAUGUCAACCAAUAAAAAUGUGUUUUUGGCGUGAUAACUGAAUACGAAUAGGUUAUUUAACACAUAAAAUUAUCAAAAUAUAAACAAGAGAUACAUGAGAAUAAAAAAAAACAGUUUUUUUCCCAUAAAAUCAUCGAAAGAUAAACAAAAGAUUCAUGAGAAUAAACAAAAAUUAUUUUUUAUUUUUUUAUUAAAAAAAACAGUGAAUUUUAAUGUUUGAUUAUUUAUGCACACAGUUUUUUAUUAUUUUUUUUGACCAUGCAUUUGCAUUUUGUCAAGAGUCAGCCGUUUUUUUUAGUUUUUAUGUUUCAAAAAUAAGUUUUUCAAAUAUUUCAACCAAUAAAAAUAUGUUUUUGGGGUGAUAACUGAAUACAAAUAGAUUAUUUAACACAUAAAAUCAUCAAAAUAUAAACAAGAGAUUCAUGAGAAUAAAAAAAAACAGUUUUUUCCAUAAAAUCAGCAAAAUAUAAACAAGAAAUUCAUGAGAAUAAAAAAAACAGUUUUUUUUCAUAAAAUCAUCUAAAUGUAAACAAGGGAUUCAUGAGAAUAAAAAAACAGUUUUUUCCAUACCAUAAAUUAAAAUUUUUUCGCAAAUAACACAAACUAUGUAAUUGGAUCUUGAGUUUGACAUAUUUUUGUUGUAAAGCAAAAUAUACAUUUUUUCUAAAUUUUUCAAAAAACUUUUCCGAAGCAGUUUCAUGGAACGUUAUGAGUACUUUUACUUUGUACUUUAUGUAUUUUUCUAACGUACUUUUUUUUUAAACUUUAAUUCAACUAAAAUAGUUUACAAUAUUUAGCAAAAAAUUGCUGGACGCUCGCUAGAUAAAUGCAACAAUUGCUGAUUAAUUUUUAUUUAGUUGUUUAACGAACAUAAGCACUGAUAUUUAUUUUUUUGCAAAUAGUGUAAUUGUAAUAAUUUCUUAUACUUCAUUUUUAACGAAAAAGAAGGUGUAAAACAUAUACAUACAUAUAUUGUCGCCCUACAUAUAUACAUACACGCAAGCAUAUAGUUUUUUAAGCCAAGCUAAUGCAACAAAAUGUGUAUGUAGAAUUAAUUUACAAAUGUAUUACAUAUGAAGAAUAAAUAUAUACAUACAUAUAAAUAUAUGAUUGUAAUAACAAUGCACACAGUUAAGCAGUUGCACGAUUAUUUAUGUACAUGUACAUGAACCGAGUAGAAUGAUCAGCAUGAUAUGAUAAAUACUAAGCACUUUCAUACAUACCUACAUACAUAUGUACAUCCAUAGUAAACAAUAUACCUACAAACAUUUUUACCAUACAGUGUUGUGCCUGAAUGUACGGUUUUUAAACAGAGUGCACAUUUCAAUGUUGCAAUUGGUUAUAAAUUAGGUAUUUUUUAAGCAUAAUAAAGGGAUAGUUGAAUUAACGAGGCCACUACAAAAAUAACACCAAUAACAAUAACAUACAUAUGUAUACCGGAUUGUUUAAUGACCGAAUGAAUAUUUGUAUUUUGUUAAGAAGCAAAUUGAUACAUGCAUACAUACAUACAUACAUCUAUUGUUAUAAACAUUCCAUAAUUAUGAAAUAAAGAUAUAUAUGAAUAUAUUUCCUUGUAUUGGAAA